AUUGCGACUACCUCAACAAGCUUCCCAUGAUGCGGUGACUUCUGGGAGUCAGGUAUAUGAAGGCAUGGCCAUCGCUGAUUCUAUCUCGACUGCAUCUUUCUCCAGCCCAUCAUUCGUUACUGCUCUUUUCUUUGGAGGCCUCAAUCUCUCAUAAGCCCAUUUUCUUGAGUUUCUUCGUUUGCACUGCAACACGACUAUUUAUCUAUCUUACAUCUCCCCAUUUGUUCCAACUCUCAGCAACGCCAUAAUGGUCCAAGGUGCUACAAGAGCAGACUCUGGCGGUUCGAGUCGCGAAUACGGCAUGACGUUCGAGAUCUCACCCCCGACUGCCGUACGCCCCGGGACACCGUUCACCCUGCCGGUCAUUGUUGCUGUUCGUCCCGUCGGCAGCACAAGAGUCAGCCCUGGUCAACAAUUGGUCGUGAACAUCUCACUGCGAAACGAGGCUGGGACGGCGGCCGUUCCGGGGCUCAUUGGAACCCUGACUUCGAGCGUGCGCAGUCGCAAUGGGAACACGAACAAUGGCUACGGGCGGUUCAGCCCCCUGACCAUCACGCAGCCCGGACGGUACAGGCUACGGGUGAUGCUGGGAGCAGCCACUGCCAGUGGAGUCACCACGCGAGAAUAUGUGGACUCGGGGGUCAUCCACGUGCACGGGGGGGCUGCGCCCUCUCAGCGUCCAGCCCCGUCGCAAGUAUCCAAACUCGAAAGCCUCAUCCCCGAAAACAUCGACAUCUCAGCGGCGGAAAUCGCAGCCUGGCAGCGCGCAUAGAAUCCGAUCAAUGGUUUAUACAGCGGAGGAGUUAUCGUUACGGUUUGUUAUUGUUUAGAGUUGAUCUCAGCGAGGCCACGAUGCCACGAUUGCGAAGAUUAUUCAUGGUUGAACUCUGGAGUCAAAAGGACGAGCAGACGGGGGAUGGGACUGAAUCUGCC